AUGGAAGGCACAAAAAGUUCACGAUGGGCUGAUUGGAGCGACGAAGACUGUUCAAACGAUGAAGAAAAUCCAACCGUCACAGACCAAAACCCAGAACCUCCAACAAACGAGCAAUCCCAAGAGGUUACUGAACAAAAAUCAAAGCUGGAAUCUCAAAGUCCGCCAUACACAUUAAAGCUCACAAAUGUCCCUUAUAAAGUCCGCCACGAAAACGAAAUUAAAACAUUUUUUGGCCUUACUAACGAACAAAUGGACCAAGUAAAGGUGAAAAUGGUAAUAGAGGACAACAGAUUUAUUGGGCAGGUUUUUGUGAAGAUAGAUCAAAAGCAAUUAGCAUUGAAACUGCUUGAGAAAGAUAGGGCAGAUUUCAAUGGAAGAAAUAUAAGAGUAUAUGCUUCAAAUCCUCAUAUAUCAUAUAUUAACGACAGAGUAAAUAGUAAAAGGGAUUAUGAAAAUCAGAGGAAAGGGAGAUACAACGAAGAAAAAAAUCAGUAUAAUGGUAAUGAGAGAAGGCAGUAUGGUCAAGAAAAUCGAAACUAUAGGACUGAUACUAACUCCUUUUUAGUUAGAAAUGCUAAUUGCUUAUAAAUUGGGUUGAUAAAUUAAAUAUAUAUAGCUUAGCAUUAGCAAAAAAUUAUUAUAAAAAAAAAAAUUGCAUUUAUUCAUAUAAGGUUAAUUUUUUCAAAAAAAUGUCUUUCCUAUAGGAGUAAGAAAAAGUACAUCAAAAAAGAAAGUCCAGUCAUAAAAACUUCUCAAAAAAUUACAAUUGCGCCAGAUCCAGAAAAUAAACCGCAUCCACAGAAAAUCAUCAUAGCUUCAGAUUCUCAAACUAAUGUUAAAACCCCAGCUAAGAACGAAGAACGAAAAUAUCCUGAAGAAACAACUUAUAAUUUGAAAAGUAUUGAAAAGCCAGUCGAGGUGAAACCUACCAUAGUUUCAGACGAAAAGCCAAAGCCAAAAUCAAAUCCAUUUGCAAGUGCAAAACCGAUAGACACCACAAAAAGAGACUUAAUUUUUGAAGAAAAAGCUAAAGCCGAGAAGUCAAAAGUCCUUGAAGAUGAAACUUAUCAUAUUGGGAAAAUUUCAUCUAAAUCCUCAGUGAUAUUUGAAAAAAAUAAAUUCUUAAAUCGUCAUGUUUUCAAAUAAAAAUUUAAUUAUUUUUUUUUAAAAAUUAAGUUAAUAAAUUGAAAAGUUUUCUUAUGAAAAUUAAGAAAAAUGAAGAAGAAUGUGUCCCAGAAAAAGUGGUUGAAGUAGAGCAUGAUCAAGAAAUAAAAAAUUCCUCGGAACAAGGAAAUAACCGUGAAGAUUACUAUCAACGAAGACCAUACAGAGGAAGGAACUUUAAUUCAAGAGGUAGCACAAGAGGAGGGUAUGACGGAAGGUAUCGCCGAAAAGAAUAUAUAGACUAA